AUGCUAUCGAUUAAGCGACACGCAUUACCUCUCGUGCCCGCCUAUUCUAUCACAACGCAUAAAAGUCAGGGACAAACUUUAAACAAAGUUGUCAUUGAUUUGAAGUUACUAAAGGAUACAGAUGAUAUCGCUGCAGUCUAUGUACCAUUAUCAAGAGUCAAACGUCUAACUGAUUUGAUUAUUUUGCGACAUUUCGAUUACAAAAUCUCACUGAUCAAACCCAGUAAAUCUCAAGUCGCCGAGAUGGAAAAACUAGAUAAACUCUUUAUCCAAACACAAAUGCGUUUUUCCGAAUGGUUUAAACAAAUUUUACAGAACAUUUUAAAUUUCCAUUACUCGUCAUCCAUUUUUCGCCUGUGA